GCUAAUAUUCGAUUUUGAUAACAACCAAGGAUAAUCUGGCUUAUAUGUAAAUUUUAAUGAAACAUUUUUGUUCUUACGUAACAGUAACGCUGAUCUGGGAUUUUUAAACAGCAAGGUUUACCUGAUCUACGGCUAUUUUUAUCUCUGUUCAGGUAAGGUGACCGACGUGUGCAUUUCCCUUAUUGACAUUAGUCAUAAAAUGUACAACACGUAAAAAAGGUUAAUCAAGGACGAGACCAUCAUAUAGUGUGUGAUUGUAGCCCAUCUUAUUACCUGUCAAAAUGCAGGUGAGAAGGAAAUCUACUACAGGUGAAAUCUACGAAAGAUAAAAGGUAUUGACAUACUGUAUUACUGAUGGACAUUUAAUGAUCAUGGUUAGCCAAGAGAACUAAAUAACAUGGUGACGUAAUUUCCUUGGGAUGAAGUCAGUAUUUUGUCUCAUGAUAGUUGCCUCGCUCUACCAAAUGUUGAAAACGCAUUCCUCAGUGUCUACAGAUUCGCCGUGUGAUGUUUUAAAAUGUCAACAUUUAAGUCCAUGUAUGGUUAUCAACGAACUAUCAAGUAAUGGAACUUACAAAGCUAAUGCGAAAUGUCAGUGUAUUGGAAGUUACGCCGGACGAAGGUGUGAGCACAAACUGUCAAUAUUGGAGUCCUCGGUGACAACGUCUUCUAUUUCAUUUACAGUCUAUGUCAGCCUUUUCAAGCCAAUGCCCGACUCUGUGCAAUAUGUUAAUGAUGAUGUUACAAUUCAUUACUGGCAAAAUUACAGUCAGAGCACAUGCAGUAUUUUUGCCGGAAAAUUAGGAACCCUUCAGAAAAUUCCAAAUUUACUAUCGGAUACCGUGUACACGCUUUGUGUGGUUGGUGGUCAUGUGAAUUACUGCAGUCUGAAAGAACAUCUAAAUUCAUCGUUAAGUUGUAAAGAAAUCAUAACCCCUGUUAGUGACCCACUGCAUGAUAAACUUCAGAAGGAGUGGAUAAUUCCGGUUAUCAUAGUGUGUGGCAUCAUGGUAAUAUUCUCUGGUGCCUGUUUAUGUCAUGUGAUCAAUUGUAGAAAGCGAGAAAAGAUGCACCAUAAAAAGAAACGUCCUAAAGAAAAGUCGCGCAAUGGAGAACUAGAUUUCUUUCUUCCCAUGGGUGAUGUUCAUGAACAUGUGCCAAAUGUUUCUGAGGGAACUGCUGAUGUGCCAACGUUUCCAAAGUUAGUACCAGUAGUUCGACCUCCUAAAAGUCCUGGAAGACUUCCCUAUAAGAUAAGCGAACAGAACUUGGGCUAUUCCUCCUUUACUCUGAGGAAUAGUAAAUCAUACCCUCUGAAAACAGUAUUUGAGUACAGUGGGGAACAAUGCCCAAACGACGAGAUUGGUGCUUUAAUACCACCCAAUAAAGAAAAUAUUUAAACCACUAA